ACACCCUCCUCGUUUCUCCCAGGCUUCAGAGUCGCCGCCGCCAAAUCGCCGCCCACCACCGGUCGCCCGCCGCCGCCGCCGCCGGUUGCCCGCUUCGCCCUAGCGGGCUCGCCCUCGCCAACGGCACCGCGACGCUUGCCUCGCCAUCGCUGGCACCGCCUCGCCUCUGACCGCGAGCUCUUCGACGGCGUCAGACAGCGCCACGACCACUCCCCGCAGGCUGCGGCGCUGCGCCCACCACUCCCCGCGGCCUCUCACGGAGUGAGGCCUAUCCGCGGCCUUUCUCGUGUCGGCUCCGUGAGACCUAUCCGCGGCCUUUCUCGUGUCGGCUUGAUUGUUCUUAAUUCGUUGGCAUGGGCAAAUCCAAAGACAAGAAGGCCUCACGGGAAGCUAAAGCGGAUAAGAAAUUAGUGCUUGGAGUGAAGAGGAAGGACUUGAAGAGAAAGAAGGACAGGACUUUGAAUGGUCCUGUUGAGAAUGAGGUUGCUGCUGAACAUGGCACCGCAGAAGAUAAAGGACUUGUACGAAAGAAGAAGGUUGUAGCGAUGAAACAGAAGAAGCAAAUGAAACUAAAGAGCAGUCAGACUGAUUCUGAUGACAUGUUGGAACUCUUGACGAGUAAAAAGGAUGAGACAAAGUUGAAGAACAAGAAGAAGAGCAAAAAGAAUCUCAAAGAAGGCAGUAAUCCUGUUGAGGAGCAUCAAAGUUUGUCUGACAGAAUUAAUGCAGGAACGCCUAAGCUGAAGAAGGACCGGAGGAGCUCUGAUGAGCCCAAUAAUGCAGAUGAAGUCUUGCAUGGGAAUCAAGAUGAAGAAACUCCAACUGCCCGUGUUAACCAACUCACAGCAGAGAGUGGAGAUAUGGAUAUAGGGGAGCCUGAAGAAGUGAAGAGGGGAAAUAAAAGCAAGACCAUAAUUGAUCUAUUGACUGUAGAGAAAACAAAGAAAUCAGGGAAAAGCAGCAAAAAGGAUAAGCAUGAAUCCAGCAGAGAGAACAAGUUGGACAGGCAUGGUGAAGUUGAUACUGCAAAUGUCGAUGAGAUUCAAUCUGUUGAUGAAGAUUGUUCCAGAGGAAUGAAAAAAUGGGUCCUAGAGUACAAACAGAAGAGGCCCGGCUUGAAAGUGUUGCAGCAAAGAAUAGAUGAGUUUAUAACUGCUCAUGAGGAACAAGAAGAGCAGGAGAGGAAAGAGAGGGAAGCACGCGCUGCUGAGGAUGGAUGGACAGUUGUGGUUCAUCAUAAGGGUAGGAAAAAGACCACAGAUACUGAAACUGGAACAGCUGUUGGCUCUGUAUCUCUAGCUGCAAUGCAGGAGAAAAUGGCUAAUAAGAAACCCAAGGAAGUUGAUAUGAAUUUCUACAGAUUUCAAAAGCGAGAAGCUCACAUCAGUGAACUCGCGAUGCUGCAGAGCAAGUUUGAGCAGGACAAGAAAAGGAUACAGCAGCUUCGUGCUCAACGGAAAUUCAAGCCAUACUAAUGCUGCCCACUUUGGAUAUCUAUCCUCAGAGACGCAGUGCUGCUACCCUGUUGAAGGCCAUACGUUUCAUUCCUUCUUGGCAGCAAAUGUUUGCUCUGUUGGAUAACAUUUUUGGAUCUUUACUUCUUAAUGAACCGAAACAAUUUCAGCCCUGCAUUUGCAGCGCAGAUGUAUUGGUUUAAAAUCAUGCCAUGAAUCCAUGAUGCCAUCUGGUGCCUUUCAUGGAUGUUCUCCUGUUAAGUUGUACUCCCUCCGUCCCCUAAUAUAAGAUAUUUUGAUAUUUUA